AUGGCACGCCACACGCGUAUUGCGCCUCGCAAGAAGAAGGAAAAGGAGGCUGAAGUGAAGGUGGAUGAGCACAAUCGGUUGAGAAUGCUACUGUGGAUCCUGAUGGCCACCACGGUGGUACUGAUCGCGCAGCAAGUGUACCGUUACUGGCAUAGGGUCCCGACACCGCCACCGACGUCAGACGAGCAGUACCUUCCUGUGCAAUUCGAUGAGCAGGGUGAGAUGGAUAUGGGGACCAUGGAGCGCAUGCUCGAUAUUCUGUACAAGCGGCCGAAUGACAUGGAAGGCUAUGAAAGUAUGGAGGCGGAGCCAGGGUCCUACCGAUUCCGGAAGCAGGCGUAA